ACACACACACACACACACGCACAGAAGCUCGCACAGAAGCACGCACCACCGUCGCUCCCAUGCACGGCGUCGAGUGCGACCUGCCGGCGGCCGGUCCGGCACCGGCGCCGGCCCCCCUUAAGACCCCGGUGUCGGCGGCCCUGGCCCCCGGGGACACCGGGCUCCGGCUGAGCCAGUCCUCUGGCCGGUCGAUCCCGGCGCCGGACCCGGUGGAGGGCUGCCACCCGGUGCUGGUGGCCCCGGUCCGGCUGGCCAAUCUCAAGCACCUCCCGAAGGAGUACCGGGCGGCGUUUGGCUGCGCGCCCGGGUCCUUCUCCUCGGCCCUGCGAUCGGCCACGCCCUCGGUCCUGGCGAAUCCCGGGCUGGCGGCCACGGCGCAUGCGCGUCCGGCCGGCGGGCCGGACCGGGCGGCCGCCAGCGGCGGCCCACUGCCCCUGGCCCAAGAUCCGGCCUUCAGCCCGGCCCCCCCGGGCGGCCCGGGCGGCCCCUCGCCCGGCUGCCCCUCGGCCUUCAAUGGCCGGAUGUACACCCAGGUGCCGGGCGUGUGGGCGGCCGGCACGCCGGGCCCCACGGCGGCCGGGGCCGCGGCAGCCGGCCUCCAGCCCGGCAGCUGUGUGCUCCUGCUGCAGGCCGGCCAUUCGCGCCUGGCCAUCCACACCCUCGGCGAAAGCCCCAUGUGGCGGCUGUCGCGCGAGCGCCGGCACACCACCUGCCAGUGCCCGGACUCCAGCCGGGCCCCCAUCCGGACCCGGUCGCAAACCCUGCCCGGGGCCGGGGCGUCGGCCGGCACCGAGGCCGGCUGCCCGGCGUGCGACGACCGCCUGCUCCACUGCACGGCCCUGCUGCCGAUCUACUUUGAGAACAUCUACGCGGUGACGGUGUCCGGGACCCUGCCGGCGGCCGGGCCGUCGGCCGGCGGCGGCGGCGGCGGCAGCAGCGGCGGCGGCGGCGGCGGCCCGGCCGGGUCAGCCUCCUCCUCGGCCCUUCUGUCCUUCGCCCGGCGCCGGGGGUCGGCCGAGGUGGCGGCCUCCGCGUCGGAGCCCUUCCUGCCGGGUGCCGCCGGGGCCCCGGGCGCCGAUGCCCGGGUCCUGGACAUCCAUGUGCUGGUGUCCCGGCACCAGUGUUACGAUCAGGCCCCGGACACCUUCAGCCAUCUGGCCCCGGGCAAAGAUGUCUCCCGGCGCUUUUCCUUUGUCUUUUCCACCGCGGCCGAGUGUGCCCUUUGGCAGACAGCCAUCCAGGCGGCCAUGCGCCGGGCCCCGAUGGCCACGCGCAGCCGCAUGUGCAUCGCCGGGCCGCCGUUGGCCCCGGGCCUGCCGUUCGCGCCGCCGCCCGGGCCCAAGCCCCGGGUGGCCGCCACCCCGGCGACCCUCUUCAAUGGGGCCGCGCUGCUGCCCGAGUCCCUGGCCCCGAGGCCCUUUGUGGCGCAUUUGGUCGCGGCGGCCGACGCGCCUGCCCUGGCCGGGCCCCUGGCCGAUGCCGGCCGGCCACAGGACACGGCCUUUGCCCUGGACGAGGGGCUGCUGCGCGAGCAGGCCAUCGACCCGCUCUUUGCCCAGGAUCUGUGUGACAUCUUCAACCGCCGGUACCGGCCGCCGCCGCCACGCCGCGUGCUCUGCCUGAUCAACCCCUUCGGCGGCCGGCGCAAGGCGGUGCAGAUCUUCCGCGCCGAGGUCGAGCCGAUGCUUCGCCUGGCCGGCCUGGAUGUCACAACCAUCUGCCAUCACGAGCCCUUUGACCUGAUGGCCGUGUCCACAUUGGAGAACGCCGGCCCGGCCGGUGACCGCCAGUGGGUCACCCGCUUCAGCCACCUUACCUACACGUAUGGCCUGGUGGCCGAGAUCGACCUGCUGUCGGACCAGUUCCGCGUCCUCGGGCCGGCCCGAUUCCACGCUGUGGCCAUCAUGCGGGCAUUUGUCCCACCCAGCCGGCACUAUCACCUGGCUUACCUGCCGAAGGCCGAGCCGUCGACCGGCGCCGCCGGGGCCGCUGCACAGGCGUCGCCGAGCUCGCCGGAUCGCGCGCAUCUGCGCGGCACGGCCCCCCCCUCGCGGAGUUCCUCCACGGCUGCCCUGGCGCCGGGCUCGCCGGGCGGGCCACAGCACACGCCGGGCCCGGACCCGGGGGCCGAAUCCCCCACCGAUGCCGGGGCUGCCUCGGAGCCCGGGGCAGCUGCCCGCCGGCCGGCCGGGCCCCCGGCCAUGGACAUGGCCCCGGCGGCCGACGGAUCGGCCUCCACGGUGAACCUCCCCCCGUCGGAGGCAGACCCGGGGGGCGCCGGCUCGGACCCCGAGCACCCGGGGGCAGGGGCCGACGAUGGCGGGGCCGCGCGGGCCGGAGCCGCCGGGGUGGACCACGGCCCGGCCGCUGGCCGGGGCUCCGCCACAUCGUCGGCCAUGGCGGCCACGCCGCUGGCGCUGCCGCUGGUGCCGGGGUCCCUGCUGCCGGCCGACGGGCCGCUCGAGUGCCUGGGGCACCUGCGCUCGCGCGGCUGGCGCGUCUUGCUGGACGGGCAGACGCCGGCCCGGCAGCCGGACGGCCGGCCCUCCUCCUUCGGCAUCCUGGCCUGCAAUGUCCCGUGGAUCUCGCUGACCGACUGCGUGGCCCCCUUCGCCUCGAGCCAGGACGGCAUCAUCGACCUGCUGGUGGUGCACUCGCACAACCAGCCGCCGGGGGCCGGGGACCCGGGGCACUCGCCCGUCGGCCCGGCCCCGACCGCCAGCCAGCUGGAGGCCUCCUUCGGCGACCGCGUCAACCUCCUGCAGAGCUUCGAGAGCGGGACCGCCUACCUGUCUCCCAUGGUGGAGUAUGUCCAUGCGCAGGCGCUGGUGCUGCUCCCGUGCGAGGGGGAGACCGAGCGCGGCGCGCUGGCCGCCAUCGACGGCGAGGGGUGCGUGUGCCGCGGUGUCACCCCCCGGGUGGGGCCGGGCGGCGGGCGGCGGGCGGCGGGCGGGCGGGCGAGGGUGCGACACUCCCGGGAGGACUAA